ACGGUCUAGCCGGGAAAGCAAAACAAAGUGGUGCGGACAAGGCCUUGUGAACAGAUACUAACCCAUCUACAAAAGCCAAACAGACAACAUUAGUCAUUUCUUUUAUGUCAGUGUACAUCAUAGAGGCUCAGGAGUUCAAGGUCAGGGAAUCGCCGUCAUUUGACCUGCUUGAACAUGACGUCCGAGGACCCAUAUUACAACAGGCGCGUGAAAGGCACUGUGUUGCACCGGUACAGGAAUUCUGUAACUUUCGGGAUCCUCGCCGUGUCUGGGCUCAUUGGACUCGCAUUUCAUUAUCUGCCGCACUCACAGUCUCUUAAUGAAAGGAUCAAAGGAGGAGUCUUUAGGAACACCGAAGAUGUAGAAGCACGCCGUAUGUUGAUGCAAGAAUCGCUGACCAGGUCCUCUCAUGCCUUGAGGAGCCAUAAAGAGCAUACGAAAGAUAUGUCUUGAAAUGAGACGGCGAACAGAUGAAAGAUCCAGAGUGACAUUAAUCCACAUAUGAGAGACAUUGAGAUAGGACUUUUUUUCAUUGUGGUAUUUGUAAACCUUUGUAAGCCCUAUCAACUAUUGUUUAUGUUAAAGAUGGAUAGUAGUAAAAGAAAUUUUCUUGAGUUAAUGUAUAGAUAAAAUGGAGAGAAAGUGACAGAUUUUAUUUUCAUGUACAUAAUACACAUCAGAAAAUGUAUGUAUUGUUACAUAUUUGUACAUAUACAUGUAAUUUUAUAAAAUAUGUUACUCAAAUAAAGUGAAAAAUAUAAUCACAAGACCAAAGAUGAGUGCUAGUAGAGGAGGCCGCUUGUCUCGAAAGAGAAAAAAAGAAGAAGAUUGCCUGACAUUUACCAGCAUACAUGAUAUCACUGACGACUUCCAGGAAGCAGCCACUGUGUUCAGAGUUCCAAAGAAAGCAAAAACAGAAAAGCCUCCACCUGCUCCAAGGCAACGAGGCCGUCCCAAGAAAUCUAGCAGUGUGAGACAGAAUUUGCAAACAGCCAAUACGACGAGUGGAAACAGCUCCAAAAAUGAGGAUUCAAGUCUAGAGAUCUUGGAUGAGGCUGAUGAGUUUGAGGCUGAAGCGAAACCCAAAGACAUAAACUUGGAAAAAGACACUGAGGCACAGCAGCUUGGAGAAGAUGAGGAGUUCCUGGAAUUAGAGCAGUCAGUGUGCUCUGAAUCUGAAAAGCUGUGUCCAUCUUGUAAACAUAUUGUUCCUUCUGCCCUCAUAGGUGAUCACAUAAAAGAAUGCAUGCAAAAAUUCAAACUAGUAAGAAGAAGGUCUGAGAGAAAUUCAGCGUCUACAAAAUCUAAAGCUAAAGAGGAAGAUAUUGAAGAUGAUGAAGUUCUUCCAUGUCCAGGUUUUUCAAAGUCCAUUGAGAGGAUCCUCCAAAACCCACCUGCAAAACCGGAAGUCAGAGAAAAGACAAAAAGUUCUGCAACAACUGAGGAGGCCAAGAAUAGACGUGAGGCUAUAAAGACUGCUAAAAAUGCCAAGAAUGAUCCUGACCUGGCUAUGGCUUUGGCUCUCUCACGCUCAAUGGUUGAAGAUGAGGCAGAAAAGAGGGCAUCUAGGGAAGAAAAACUCUUGGAAUUAGGACUGGAUGAUAUUGUUGAGGAAGACAGGAAAGUACAGCCUCUGUUGUUGCCUCUUCAAUCUGCUUCUGGAAAAAGUCAGUCAUCAAAAGGGCCUGCCAAAGGGAAAGGAAAAAAGCGCAAUGCUGUGUGGCGUAAUACGGUCCUCCUUAAUCGCUCUAAAGAGGAAAGAGAAAAUAUCAUCAGUGAAAAGGUGGCUGCUCUUUUAGCCUCAGAGGACACACAGAGAAAUGAGUGGACAGGACCAGGGAACGGCUGCAGGAAUGGACCAUUGUUGAGGUAUAAAGACAAGAGUUGCAGCCUUUGGGAAGCAGCUCAUAGUCAUGUUGACCAGCCAUUGCGUGAAUUUUAUGUGCCUGAUCUGGAACCUUACAUAGAACCCAAAAAGGUUGCUGUUGGAGGCUUAUUGAGAAGACUCUCACAGAUUCCUGGUCGACUGAAUUUGACAGCUAUGGAUGAGAACUCAGAUUCAGACAGUGAUGAAGAGGGAGGCAGAAGCUAUGCAGUGGACCGAGACAGUACGCAAUCUGUCCUGGCGGAACUCCUUGGAUCCCAAGAUUGUCUAGAUAUAACACGGGCACAUAAUGCAAUUGAGGCUGAAGAUUUAUCAAAGUUUCAGGAGUUUGAAGAUGCUGCAGCAGACCCAAAUGUUACUAUGGAAGCUGCUAGUGGGUUCUGGGUGUUCAGGCUACCAGGGGAAAGUUCUGAAGAUAAUGUAGAAGGAGACAAAGAAACCAUUGAAGAAAAGGAUGAGAGAAAUAAGAGAGACUCCAGUGAUGCAAUAUUAGUGACUGGUAGUGCAUGUGACAGUGACGAGAGCCACAUUGAUAAGGGCGUCAGUGACGGUGUUAAAGAUGACCAAGCAGAUGAGGAUAAUUCUUUAUCAUCAGAAACUAAAACUGAGGAAAUGGAAGUGGAUAAUAUGCAGAAAAGUAAGACUGUGGCUUUUAGUACUAUUGAUUUAGUUGAUAGUGCAUCUAUGGAAUUUUGUGUAGUUGAUGAUAAAAUGGUGAUGAAUUCUUUGGAAAAAAGUGAUAAAGACAAGCUUGUAAACACAUUUUGUGAUUUAGAGGAUGAUACCUCUUGUGAUACUUCAGAAAAUACACUGCUUGAGGAUGUGAGAUCUGAAAAAGAGGUUAGUAAACAGGUACCGACAAACUGUGAUGAUGUAGAACCCACUGAAAGUGAUGGAAGUGAGGAUUGUGAAAUUUCUAUUAUUUUAGAUACUAGCUCUGGAAGGGCUGAGUGCAAUACGGAUAAGUUACACGAAUCUCAUCAUGAGGUUGAGGUUAGUAGCGUUAGUCCUAAAUCUAAAGACUCUUCAAGUAAAGAACAAGAAGUGAAUGAUUUGGAGCCAGCUAAAGAUUUCUUUGACAAUGAUUCAAACUCUAGCAUGAACUCUGCUGAGACACAGAUAUUUACUGAAAACCAAGACUCUAGCUUUAAUGCAAGUUUCAGGCAGCGUCUACACACAGAGGAGACUAUCCUUUACUCAGAUUCCACUGACCUUUCUUUAGUAACAAGUAGUUAUGGAGACUGCCAAAAGAGAAAACAGGAAUCAGAACAUUUGAACAGGGAUGAGGAAGGGAGAGUGGCUGAUAGUUACAAGACCAGAGACGAAGUAGGAACCUCAACGGAAACCAGAAUUUCCUCAGAUUUACAAGCCAGGGGAAGCAACAUCAGACAAGGCAAAGAUGGAAAGGGAGAACAGGAGUGCAAAGAAAAGUAUUCAGACAAAUCAGAACCUAGAUCUCCAGACCCCCUGCAUGCUAAACUUAUUUAUGACUGGGCUUCAUUGUUAGCCAGUGGUGAGGGAGCUGAUUUCACUAUAACCACGUCAGAAGGCAGUGAUCUCCAGGUGCACUCCUUUGUUAUGCUUGUAAGGUGUCCAAAACUGUAUCAGGAAGUUCGGAGUGCAGGGAAAAAGGUCACUUGGACGGAUAUUUGUUUUGAAGGAGCAUAUGUCUUUCUCUCAUAUAUUUAUACUGGAACCUGCAAAAUUAAGGCAAAGGAUGACUCGUUAUGGAUGGAUGUUUUUGAUCUUGCCCUAAAAUAUGAGUGUGAUGAUCUUGUUACAUAUUUAGAAUCUUUGUAUAAAGCUCAUCCAUCUCCAGUUAAAGUAGCAACAGCGGUAAAUUCAAAAGAUAGCAUGGUUAAUACAGAUGUAGGCAUAAUGCUGACACCUAAGAUGGCUAAUUCUCAAGAGGAAGGAAUUAUUAAAAAAAGAUUCAGAAGGUGCAUAGAUCUCUCGCCAGGGAAAAGCAUAUCAGUUUCCAGUGAUAAAGGAAAUGAUGAUCUAACAACAGAGCCUGUGCUGCAACCCAGUGACUCCUCAGAGUUGAUGGUAAUGAGUAGUAAUCCAGAAAAGGAUGAUGGAAAAGGCAGCUCUCAGUCCCCAGAUCUCUUUAAUGAAUCUUGUGUAAAUGAAAAUACAACUCAUAAAACUUUUCCAUCUGUUUCAAUACCAAUGCUCAGUGAACUUCAUCAUUCUCCAUGGGAUAAAGCUUUACAGGAUGUCCACGAAGAGCCAAGUUUGAGUCUCAGUACAGAGUCAAAAACUUCAAAACCUGUUUCCUAUGCUAAAUCAGAUUACUUCAAGAGCAAUAAGCAAGACAUAUCAUCUUCAGCUUCUCCAGAUUUUAGUAAAAUGAAACCGGUGACUGAUGCAGGGAAUUUAAGAGAACAAAGUGAGGGCCAAAAUUUGAGAGGAAAUGAAGAAGUCGAAGACAUGGAUGUAAAUGACUCCCAAGAAGAUGAAGAGACUGAUAUAAUUGAUCUGACAGUAUGCAGUUCAGGAAGUUCUCGGUCAGUUGGUACCAAGGCUGAUACUCUGAUUACACCAGGUGUUCAUGUUGAUGCUCCCACAGAUUCAGAAUCAGAAUAUAUGGAGCCAUUAAUGCUGGCUGAUGGAACGGAUACAAAUUCAGAAGAAAAUGAAAACUGUCCUGAAGAGCCAUGUAUGGCUGCAGUAAAUAUCAUGCAAGCAACACCAAAUAAGAGCCUUGACACAGAUUAUAAUAAACAAGAAGAGAGCAAGAAUAGAUCUUACAUCAGUAAUGUAUGGGAUGACUUUGAUGAUAUGGGAUGUGAGUUAUUGCCCAUUGAGGUUUCUCCUACAACCCCAGUUAAAGCAGUGGUUGCUCCAGCUGUUAAAGGACAUUACCAGGAUAAAGAAUUUCAGGUAUCCUAUGAUAAUGACAGUGUUUCCCCAAUUCAGAGUAUUUCCCCAACAAAAGUAGCAGAUGAAGGUGUAAUUCAGAAUAGAAAAUGGACUCCUGUGAAGCAAACUUCCAAAACAGUUGAUUGUGAAGGUACAAAAGACAGACCCAUUUUCGAUAUGGAGAGCAAACUGGGAAGUAGUGCAACUGAUGCUGUUGUAGCUUCAGGAUCAUCUUUCUCUGAUGAGACUUUAUUGAGAGUAGCAGCAGAGUUUGAGGAUAGUAAUAUAUGGAAAGACGACUUUGACUCAAUCGAUGAUGUCUCCGAUCCUUUACUUAAGAAAGAUGCAGAAAAAAAAUUACCAAAAUCUAAGAAAGAUCUUUUAAAAACGCCAAAUGAUAAGAUUGGUCCGAGUAAAAAGUCGGUAACACCAAUGCCAGACUACAAAAACAUGCCCUCUCCUGAUUUAAAGAAAGAGCUAGAGAAGUAUGGAAUCCGUCCUAUAAGUCGCCGGAAAGCCACAAUACUCCUCCAGCAUGUUUAUGAACAGACCCAUCCUCUGGUUACAGAUAGCGAGGCAGAGUCUAGUUUUUGUGAAACACCACAGCGGAAACCACCUGAGAAAAACAAGAAAAGUGUAUCAUCACUUCACCAAAAGGUCAUGGCAAAGAAGGGAACACUUACAAAGAACAAGAAAGAGAGACCAAAUAACAAAAAGGAAGCAAGUUCACAGCCACUGUCAAGUUUGUCUGCAAAACAAGGAAGUUACGAGGAAGGGGACGAAGAUUUUGAUCAACUAAAUUCUUCACAGACAUCCAACACAAGUACUGAUGGAUCAGAAUUUGACUGUGCUGAAGAAUCAAUGAUGGUGGGCAUUGGUGACGAUGAUGAUGUAUUAACGUCUACUCAGCAAGUUGAUAUUGGCAGGAAAGUCGCAAAAUUCAUUAAGUGUGAUCCAGAACUGUAUAUGAAAAUACUGUUGUAUGAACCCAUCUUUGUUGAGGAUUUACAAGCAUCACUAAAAGCAAAUGGGAUCAAAACAAAUAUGAAUAAUCUUCUUGAAAUUCUAGAUGAACAGUGCAUCACCUUCCGAACUCAGCAAGGACAAAGGAACAGAUCAAGGAAAAGAAAAUCGCCCAAGAAAAAGACUGCAGCUUCCCCAACCAAGUCACCAAAAAAGAAUUCUUAAGUGACUGGUUAAUACUGUGCUCAGAGAAAGUUUUUUCUCAGUCAAUUGAGAGAGAAUUAUGCUUGUUUUCAUGGUAAAGAAUUUUUGUUUUCAGAUUACUCAAUUAACUAUUGUAUUAAGAAAACAAAACAGAAUAAUAUUGAUCCAGAAGUUUUGAAUAUGCUCAGGACAGACAUUUUUAGUUCAGUUGAAUAAUAUAGUGCUACUGUACACUUAUUUUUGUAAUGACUUUAUACCUAGAAUAGAAUAGAAAUAUUGUCUAUGGAAGAAAAUAAUAAUGCAUUUCUUCAGGUUAUUUGCAUAGUGCAUUAAUCUGUAAACAUAAAGAUUUAUUUUUACUUUGGUGUACCUACCCUGUGAUAGAGUAUGUCAUAUAUUAUUGCAUACAUUUUUGUGUAAUUAAUAUUCUUAUUUGUUAAUAUAUUUGAUAUUUAAUUAGUUUUGAAGCAAUUUCUUUUCUUGAGUAUUUAUUUACCCAUAAUAUAUUAACUUACUGACACUGGUAAUGCAUGUAUGUAUUACCUUAGCCCCUGGAAAUUUAGUUACUUUUAUUACACAAAGAUGGCUCCACAAUUGCUGUAACUAAGGAAUCAAUUACUAGGGUUUCCUGAUCUCACCUAUUUAUCUUGAAUAAUAAUGUCAAUAUUAAUAGCAUAAUAAUGUUAUUAUAAAGCAAACCUUUUUCUAAAAAUGUAACAGGUGAGGUUAAGUAGACCUUGUUAUUGACUCAUUGGUGAUUAAGCACUUGUGAAGCCAUCUAUAUGUAAAUAAAUCUGAACAAACAAAUUUACAGUGAUCUGUGAUGUCCUUUGCACUAAUAGUUCAAGAUAGGCAGCUGGUAAAGAUCAAUUAUCAUUAAAUUUCUAUAUUUUAUUAUGCAACCAUUAUUAUUGUACUAGGAUUCUCAAAAGAAGGCAAUGUCUUUCUUUAUGUUCAGGUAUUAGGAUAUUAAGACAAACACAAAUAAAUUAAUGUUUAAUGAAGAUGUAACAUUUUCAAUAAAUAUCAAGAAAGA